AUGGACGAUUUAGCUGAACUUAGAAGACAAAGACAUGCACAGUACUUGAGACAAUCACCACCAAGUACUGAGGGAGAUACUUCACCACCACCAACUAUAGCAUCCCCUCCAAUACAACCAGCAGUAGUAGUAGCACCACCACCACCUAAUAUUGUUAAUCCCAACAACGCAAAUUUGAUUGGAGGACAUCCCAACCCAUUUGCAAACCCUCAUGCCCCACCUAUGAUGCCACAUCCUUGGUUCAAUAAAAAAGCUGCUGCUGUCUCUAGUUGGUCAUCUUCAAGUGGUCAUAGAUUAGGCGAUGGCACAGAGUCUGAGGAAACAACAACAACUACGACAAAUAAAAAUGAAUCAGAUGAUGUACUUGAAGAAGAAUUAAUGGAAGAGGAUCAAGAGACAACUAAUCAAAUGGUUCAACCAACAAUUGAAAAUGAUGAAUCAUUUGAUGAUGAUGGUGAUAAUUCAGACAGUGACAAUGAAGAUCAAGACAAUGGAGACGAAGAUGAAGAUAUGAUGAUGCCACCCAAUGGUGGAAUGAUGAUGCCUCCUGGUGGAUUUGUACCUGGUAUGGGAAUGAUGCCUGGUAUGGGAUUUAAUCAUUUCAAUCAAUUUCAAGCAUUUGGAGGUACAGGUCACACUCUUCAAGAAUUGAAUCCAUCGUUGGAAAGUUCAAAACCAAAGGAAAAGGGAGAGAUUGCCGAUAUGAUCAAAGAUAGAAUCAGCUCAUUGCCAUCGGAUCAAGCUGAAUUGUAUCCAAAACCAGCACCAAGGGUCUUUGAAAGAGACAUCAAAAAGCUUGUCGACAUUUGCUUGUUGCAACUCAUCAGAGAGCUUCAGACACACCUUUCCAAACUCAAAAUACUCAGUCCUGAGCUCGUCUACCGUAUGAUCGAGUUGAUGAAGGACAAGGGAAGACGAGUUGAACGCAAGGCAAUGGAUCAACUAAAGGUUGCUGGUGUACGUUUGAUGGAUAUGCAUUUGGACCAUCAAGAUUUACUUGUAAAUAAUAACUUUGUGUUAAACUGUCUUCCAGGAUUUGUUUAUCUUCAUACCAUUUCGUUUGUUGGUUGCUCUAAUGUCACCGAUACUGGCAUGGAAGGUUUUAAAACAAUGACCAACUUAACCUCUUUAAAUCUUACUGGUACAAGAAUUUCUGAUGUUUCUUUAAAAUUUAUUAGAAGAUUAACAUUAUUAAGAUCAUUAUCUUUAAGAAAUACGGGAAUUACUGAAAAGGGAGUUUUAUUAUUAUCACCAUUAUCAAAAUUGGAAUCAUUAGAUCUGACCAAUCUUUUAUUGACUGAUACUUCGAUGUUGACAGUUGCAACCUUUUCAAAUUUAAAUACUUUGUUGUUGGGCAAUGCAUUGGUCACUGAAAAGGGUAUCAACGAUAUUUCAAAUCUACCAAUCACUACACUUUCUUUACUUCAUUGUAAAAAAAUUAAUAAUGCUUCUAUGGUUUAUUUAACAAAAUAUCAAAAUACAUUGGAAUCAUUAGAUAUUACAGGAACGAUGGUAAUGGGAAUGGGAUUUAUUCAUUUAAAGAGAUUUAAGAAAUUAAGAGAUCUACAAUUACCAAAUAGAUUAUGUAUCACCGAUGACACUAUCAAACAUUUGGAUUCUCUCGAAUUUAUUUCUAAACUUCAUCUUUCCGAUUACACUCAAAUCACAUCAAUUACCUCUAUUCCAAAUCUUAAACGACUUGUUGAUUUAUCAUUAUCAAAUACUAAAAUUUCAGAUGAUUCAAUUCCAACUAUUCUUAAAUAUUUAAAUUUAGAACAUCUUAAUUUAGAUAGAACCAAUGUAACUGAUUUUGGAGUAUCACAAUUGGCUGUAUUACAAUUAACCACACUUAGCCUUAGUUCAACUAAAAUCAAUGGUACUUGUUUCCCUGAACUUUCUGGCAUUACUUUGUUAAAGUGGUUGAAUGUCUCGAACAAUGAGAUUGACGAUGCCAAAGUACCUGCAUUAUUUAAAUUGCCAGAAUUGCAAUUCAUCGAUCUUCGUGGAACCUAUGCCUACAAAUCAGCAAGAGAAUUUAAUUCAUCUGUCACUGUUCGUGUUCCACUCCCAAUCGUCGUACAAGAAGAAAUUGAUGAAGAAAUGCAAGACAACGAAGAUGAAGAUGAUGGUAAUGCUUUUUAA